UGGUGGUGUUUAUUUACAAAUUCCUGACGUGGAACUAACGCUUCAGAUCAAAUCAGAUUAGAAUAGAAAUAUUUAUUUUUUUGGAGUCAGAUCUGGAAUUUCCUUAAAAAAUUCAUGUUUUAAAUUUAUCUAUUGCUAUUAGAAUUACUGUAUUCUUUUAAUUUUUGACGAUUUUUAAAAACGUGUUCAAAGUGUUGUGUUAUACGUGUACAUGUAUACUAUUUAGUUUGAGAUCUGUUCUAUUUGAAAGUGAAGAUGUGCUGCAGGUUUACGUGUGUAUUUUAUAUAGAUUUGUUAUGUUCGUUCAUGCUCAAUAACUACGACAGUUUUGCAAAUUAUGUAGGAACAAAACAUAAAAAAGAAACGGACAUAUUAAUAAAAAAAGUAAGGAUCUUACUACUUCGGCUAGGGAUUGGAUAUUUGAUCAACAUAGCAUGCUUUCUUAUUGUUUGUUUUGUCAACAGAAAAACUAAAGACGAAGGGGAAGGCGGAUUCCUGUUAUUUUGUUCAAUCGUAAUUUUUGCAGUGUGUUUUUAUGCCUUUAUAACUUUUUCACUAGUAUACAGAAUUUCAAGAUUUUCAAGUAUUGUGGACAACUCUAAAGCUGAAUAUAAAGUCUCAAAAUAUCAAAAGUUCAUGAUGGUGUAUAAAUGUCUGGAUGUUAUUUUCGACAUUGCGGUGUUGCUUUAUAGUUUCAUUUUAUCAGAUUGGAAAUUAACAGCAUUUACUAUCGCGGCUACGGCGGUGUUAUGUACCGAUGUGGCACUGAAUGUAAUUGUGUUAAUUAAAAACUGCUGUUCCGACGAGGAAAGAAGCGAUAAGUAUCGUUCAAGUGAAAAUAAUCCAGCGUUUGAAAUACCAGAGGAUGGAUCGAAUGCUAUGCAUCGUAUUGAUGAUUAUAGAGAAGAAAGCGUGUCAUGGGAAGGACCAGAUUUGGAAAGACUGCCACCUAAGACUGUUUCGUUAUCUGACACUAGUGUUAACAGAAGGUCAAAUAGAGAAACAGAUUAUCAGCAGAAAUCGGUAGAUAUAAAUUAUGUAAACAGCAAAUAGAUAUUGAUCUGCAAAUGUUUAAAAACAGAAAAUGGUAGGUAAAUACUUUAGCAUAUGCUUACGUCUAUAAACUACAAAAUUCUUGAGAAAAGAUUUAUUUAUUGUAGAAUAAUUUUGAUGAAAAAGGGUGUAUUUGUUAUUCAAAUUUAAAUAGAAAACAAAAAAUGUGGAUAUCGAUUUAAUUAUUUCUAAGAAAACUAUAUUGCGUGAUUCUCAGAAAAGUAAACAAUUAGGUUAUAAGUUCAAGUACUGUAAGUUGUAAGCAAAAUGUGAAUUUAUAUUUUAAUUUAUUACUUUUCAUAAGAAUUACAUAUUUCAUUCAUAUACCGAAGCGAAAAUGAAAGAGCAAAAAAGGUUUAUACCCCAAAACAAGUAAAUAUAUAUUUACAUUUUUUUAAUAUUAAGAUAAAUUUUAAUUACUUUUGCUCAUCCAGAAACUGCAAAAUAUUGCCUUUGCAUAUAGGGCGGUAGUAAGAAAUUGGAAAUUGUUCUUACUCACUCAUAUUUUACGAUGUAUGUGGUUUAAAGAGGGGCCAAGGUGGAAUUGAAUUCCUGAUUUGUUGUUGUAAAAAUUGAUUAGAAAAAAAUCAUAAAUGAUUUUAUGUUUCAUAAUUCACUUAUAGUCACACAGAGUAAUUCACGAAGUACACGAGAAAGUGAAAGAGCAAAAGUUUGAAAUGCACCCACCUCAUACCUUACAGGGAUGUGAAAAUGUGGAUAGAAGAUCAAUGAAAGACAACCGUCUACAGCAAACGUCAUCGUACCAAGGAAUGCAUACAGACAGUCAAGAUCUAUUUGAUAGAGGAAGAGGUCCACACGAUGGCAUUCCGCAAAAGUUUUCGGAUUCGUAUGAUCAUGAUGAUGAGUUUGAACAAAGAAAAACAGACAACACUGAAUUUUACAAACAAUCGAACAGUGAGAGACCGCCUCCUUAUUCUACGGUAAUUAAGGAUAAAAACAACAGAGACCACGACGUUUCAGAAGAGAAAGAUCAAGAGAAAUAUAAAGAAAAAUUCGAGUCAAAAAGGAAUAAAGAUAUGAAAAAUUCUAACAUUGAGCAUGUUGAGAGAAACGAUCGUAAUGCGAUAGAAUCUAGACGUACUAGUAGACGUGUCGACAUUCAAGAAGAGGAAUUGCACGACGAACACGAGCAUGUAAGGAAUAUUGAAACGAAAAAAUCGAACCUGGAAAGGGACAAUCUCUAUUCUUUAGAAUCUAGACCCACCAACAGACUUGCAGACGACCCAGAUGAGGAAAAUCAAGAAGAACAUGAGCAUAAAACGUGUAUUGAAACAAGGAAAUCGAACCUAGAAAGUAGCAAUCGUUAUUUUAAAGAACCUGGACGAACACAAAGUAGUGUUGAUGUUCAAGACGAGGAUUUUCCGGAAGAAUACAUUCCUGCAAGUACCAAUGAGAUACACAAAUCGAACCUAGAAAGUAGCAAUUGUUAUCCCAUAGAACCUAGACAUACACAACGUAGUGUUGAUGUUCAAGAAGAGGAUUUUCCUGAAGGAUACAUUCCUGCAAAUACCAAUGAGAUAAACAAUAUUGAAGAUUCAUCUGAAUAUUGUGAAGAACCGGAAGUAGAAAAGUCUCCUGAUGUUGUCAAAGCACAAGUUGCAACGUCCGAUUUUAAUACAUCAUCAGAUUGGGUCGAAUUCGAAGAAAAAUUUUCUGAUGCAGUCGACAAAGACUUAAUUGAGGAUUGUGAAGUGUAGUACAGAAGUAAAAUCUUAUUAAAUAACACGUCAGCUAGAGUCUGAAUAUAACUAUGGAUUAUCUAUGGUUUGGAAAAAACGCGAGGGAGGUUUUCGACAGUGUCAUUAAACGGCAAUACACUUUAGAUAAGAUAUAGCGGAUAAUAAACGUGACCAAGUGUGAAAGAUGAACUGUUCAGGAAAAUAAUAAAUGUCUGUAUAACAUGUAUAAUAUUUUCAAACUAAUAAAUCGUUGUUUUCAUAGGCCACCUCAAUAAUGCUAGCUAAUGGGGUCAUCUCUUUUUCACAAUACUUGACUGAAGAAAGAUUCAAUCUCAGUCGUGUAGUUUUAAAUAGAAGAUUAUUAUACAGAGAAACAAAAGCAUAAUUUAAGAAAAUAGCAAUUGUGUACGCCAAUAUUUAUCAAAAUAUCAUCACUAUUCAAAUAUAUGAAAAUAUGAAAGCUGUCAUCCGUUCAUAUACAAUAAUGAGUACUGGUAUUCAUUUAGUUUAGACAACAUAUUCAAUAGUUCAAGCAGAAGUUGUAUAUUUAAACAUUUUUAAUUUUGUUUAUAUGCAUUGACUUUCGAUUUUCGAAAUUACAAUAUGAUCACGUUGGUCAAUUUCCAAAUGCAAUCAAUUAACAGUUUAUAUAAAAUAAGAUAAAUUCCAUUUCAGAAUACACCUGUCUAGGUGAAAAAAGUGAAAUCUGCAAGUUAUCAAA